AUGGGUAUGUCGCAAACUGAUCAAAGAAUGGAGGGUUGGCUUUAUCUCGUUCGUUCUAAUCGGAUUGGGCUACAGUACUCGCGCAAACGCUACUUUGUUCUUGAAGGUCACCUUCUCAAAAGCUUCAAAUCAGUUCCUGUUUCUAACAAUGAGGAUCCUGUAAGAAGCGCUAUCAUAGACUCUUGCAUUCGAGUGACAGACAAUGGACGUGAGAGCAUUCAAAGAAAAGUAUUCUUCAUAUUCACACUGUAUAAUACGUCAAAUCACAACGAUCAACUUAAGUUGGGAGCAAGCAGUCCAGAAGAAGCAGCAAGAUGGAUUCAUUCCUUUCAGGAAGUGGCUUUAAAGGGUGGUCCAGAUCUUGGGGAUAAUUUUGUGGAUUGUUCCAAUAACAUAUGGCAGUCCUUUAGUAUUCAUGCACGCAGAUUAGGUGGAUCUAGUAGGAGAAGUCGAAUCAAUUCUAUAGACUGGAGUCUUUGUUCUUCUACACAAACAGAUGCUGUGACAUCUGAUGUAAUUGCUCCUUCACCUUGGACAAUCUUUGGUUGUCAGAAUGGUCUACGACUAUUUAAAGAAGCCAAAGAUAGGGAUUCUCAUGGGAAGUGGGACGAUCAUCCUGCGAUCAUGGCUGUGGGUGUGGUUGAUGGAACUUCCGAAGCCAUUUUCCAGACACUUAUGUCCCUUGGUCCCUCAAGAUCAGAAUGGGACUUUUGUUUCUAUAAGGGCAAUGUGGUCGAACACCUUGAUGGUCAUACUGAUAUCAUUCACAAGCAGUUAUAUAGCGAUUGGUUACCAUGGGGAAUGAAGCGGAGAGAUCUCUUGUUGCGGCGUUAUUGGAGAAGAGAAGAUGACGGAACAUAUGUUAUUCUGUACCAUUCUGUGUUUCAUAAGAAGUGUCCACCUCAGAAAGGCUACGUCCGUGCCUGCCUUAAAAGUGGAGGAUAUGUUAUAUCGCCUGUGAACCAAGGGAAACAAUCAGUUGUGAAGCACAUGCUUGCGAUUGAUUGGAAAUUCUGGAAAUCUUGUCUACAAACUUCUUCAGCUCGAUCUAUGACCAUCAAAAUGCUAGGGAGAGUUGCUGCACUACGAGAAUUGUUCAGAGCAAAACUAGGAAAUUAUUCUUCCUCAGAAUUUUCAUCUGGAGAACUAAGGAGAAAUUUUAGGUUGCCUCAGAAUGAAGGGGAUGGUGAGGCUGAUGUUCCAACACUAACGGGGAAUGAGGGGACUAAGGAAAAUAUAGCUGAAGAAGUGGAAAAAUCACCUUCUGAACAUGCUAGUCUUAUAAGCCUGAAUGAUGCUUCAGAUGAAUUCUUUGAUGUUCCAGAACCACCAUACAGCGAUCAAUCAGAAACUGACUGGACUCCUGAUUUUGGCUCUGAAAUGUACUCACAGGACAUGCAUCAUCCAAAGUUAUCAACAGCUGCCGGUUUUGUGAAAAGAUUGCAUGAUCUUGCAGUUCAGAAGAGGGGCUAUGUGGACCUCCAAGAGAUGGCAAGGGAAGACAGUAUGUCAUGCUACUACGGUUCCACUCUUCCAAAAGAUUCAACUUACAAUAAGAAGGUUAAGGCAAAGGGCACGUUGAUGCAAAUGGUGGCUGCGGAUUGGCUAAGAUCUGACAAGCGUGAAGAUGAUCUUGGAGGCCGUCCAGGGAGCAUUGUUCAGAAAUAUGCAGCUCAGGGUGGGCGAGAAUUCUUCUUCAUUGUGAACAUUCAGGUCCCAGGUUCAACCACGUAUAGCCUAGCGCUAUACUACAUGAUGAAUUCUCCAGUUGAAGAUGCACCGUUGUUAGAGAGUUUUAUCAAGGGGGAUGAUGCAUAUAGAAAUUCAAGGUUUAAGCUCAUACCAUAUAUAUCUAAGGGUUCAUGGAUAGUUAAGCAGAGUGUGGGAAAGAAAGCGUGCCUCAUUGGUCAAGCACUUGAAAUUAAUUAUUUCCAUGGGAAGAACUACUUGGAGCUUGGUAUUGACAUUGGGUCAUCCACCGUUGCAAGGGGCGUGGUUAGUCUUGUCCUUGGGUACCUAAACAAUCUGGUCAUUGAGAUGGCAUUUUUGAUACAGGCAAAUACGCCAGAAGAACUGCCGGAGUAUCUUCUUGGAACCUGCCGCCUUAAUCAUCUUGAUGCCUCUAAGUCGGUUUUAGCGAAACCAUCAUGA